UUCAUUGGCUAUACGCCGCGCGUAUCUCGUCGAACGAACGAUGAACACGGUAGCUGCCGCGUGCCUGGUAAUGUAUUACGUGAUGGUCACGUCAAUUGGAGUGUGGGCAGCAAGAAAAUAUCACACCGAACCAUUCCAUCUUGGUCGAAGACGCAAGGAGAAGCCCCCGUUGGACUACGUCGUCAGGCUUCUGCUUGCAAACCGCGAAAUGACUGUCGCCUUGGGAGCUGCUUCCUUGAUUGCCACCUGGAUGGGAGCCGGCAUAAUGAGACACCUGGCCACGGAGAUGUUCGCUCGGGGACUCCUGUCUUGCUAUGCCCCGAUUGCGUAUUCGAUAAGCUUCGUAAUCGGCGGCUCCCUGUUCGCGAACAAGAUCCACCAAACAGAAAGCACGACCAUACUUGACCCUCUUCAACGGCGCUUCGGACAACGGCUGGUCAUCGUCUACUUCAUCCCUUGCCUGUGCGCAGAAGUAAUGUGGUCCGCUGUCAGCUUAACUACGCUAGGAUACGCCGUGAAUGUAAUCAUCGAAAUGAACGAGAGGGUCUGCAUUAUACUCUCUUCGAUCGUCACCCUAUUUUACACGUCUCUCGGAGGACUGUACGCCGUUGUCUACACUGACCUGUUUCAAGCGGUCGUCCUGUUCAGCGCGAUGUUGCUUUGCAUCCCGUUCUGCCUCAACAAUGCAUCUUACCGGGGACUUCAACAGGGCAGCGGCUGGAUUGGCACCAUUCAUCCAGACGAGUUGUACCACAGGAUCGACCGGUUCAUUACCAUCGGUCUUGGAGGCAUCUCUCUCCAGGAUUACACUCAAAGGAUACUGUCCAGUCCAACACCAGCUGUUGCCGAGGCUAUUUCCUACGCUGCAGCGUUCGGCUGUAUUGUAAUGGCAGUGCCGGCCAUUAUAGUGGGGGGCUGUGCAAAGAAUGCAAAUUUCACCAGCAACAAUAGUAACGUCACGUUAAGCUUGGAGGACGUCGUACGCGGAGACGUGCUGGCACUGGCCAUCCGGACCCUGACUCCGGGGCCCAUUGCCGCCAUUGCAGUCCUGGGCCUUGCGUCAUCCGUCAUGGCGACGGUAGAUUCAGCAAUAUUCAGCGCGGCAACCAUGCUCACCCGUAACAUUUACAAGGAGAUCCUGAGACCCCAGGCGUCUGUCACGGAAGUCGUGCUGGUGCUUCGACUGUCGGUGAUCAUCCUCGGUGCCUUUUCAAGCUUCAUCGCCCUGGGCACCACAGUAGUCCAUCCAAUGUGGAACUACGCCUCCGACCUCGUCUUUAUCCUGGUCUUCCCGCAGGUGGUCUGCACAUUGUACCUUCCUGACGACGUGAACGCUUACGGUUCCCUGAUAGGCUUCUUCCUCGGUCUUCUGCUCCGAACCGUCGCCGGUGAACCUGGUAUGGGCUUGCCAACUCUCAUCCGCUUCCCCAGCUACGACGAGAAGCUCUCCCGGCAGCGGUUUCCCCUCCGCACAUUCUCCAUGGUCGCACACCUGGCCUGCAUGCUGGUCGCGUCUCGAGCCGCCAAGAAACUCUUCGUUGCGGGGACGUUACCCAGAAGCCUCGACGUCCUUCACUGCUUCGACCCUGAGAGGCGCCGCUCCAUCAUAACAUUCGGCGGCAGCAAGGUGUCUGCCCUGUCUGGGAAACCGGGGCGCGAUGAAUCGGACGAGAAAAGGAAGACGUCGAUCGCGCUGACAGAGAAGGCCGAACUCCUCCCCGAUGGAGCGGAGCAAGAACAGUCCGUCAAAUCCUGCAGGUCUGCGCAGUCUGAAGCACACUCCGCGCUGUCUGUUAAGUCUGGUACUCAGUCUGCACGAGGUGGCAGGUCCCGGAGACAGUCCGUGGCUGACGUCCUGACGCCCCUUCAGCAGAAGGAUCAAACAGGGACGGAGAAGACGUCAGUUAGGAUGGGAGAAGGCACAGAAAUCCACGUGCGGGUCGACCGCUCGGAAAUUGAUACCUCGGUCGCAGAGCAACCGAAGGGCCAGACGCAGAUAGCAGCGUCCGAUACCAAGACUCCAACGAAACGAAAGGGGAAGAAAGUAGAUAAGAGCAAAGAAGAGAAGGAAAAGAGCAAGGCAGGAAAGGGAAAGGAGAAAGAGGAUAAGGAAAAGGGCAAGGAGGGAAAGGAGAAGACCAAAGAAAGUAAGAAGAAUGAAGAGAAGGAUGGGGGCAAGAAGGAUAAGGAACACAAGGAUACGAACAAAAACAAGAAAAAAACAUAAAUAAGAUGUAUUUUGGGGAAGGUUGUUCAGGCGCUGAAUUCGCGAUCUUAGCCAUGGUAGCAAUGCGUGAGAAUAUCAUUUACUUUACGAGCGUGACUUACGAUAUUCUUUAAUAAAUGUACGUGCCUAA